AAUUAGGAAGAGCAACAGCAAACUAUUCCUCAGACUACAGCAUGCAGCAGCAGUGGGUGUGUCUGGCUUUACUGGCCCUCCUGACUAUCACAGUGACGCUGGCAGAUGGUGGAAAAACAGAGAGACAAGGUAAGAAAGAGCGUAAAUCGGACUGUGGCGAGUGGCAGUGGAGCGUGUGUGUGGCUCACGAGGGUGACUGCGGCCUGGGCACCAGAGAGGGCACACGCACCGGCACUGACUGUAAACAGACCAUCAAAACCCAGCGCUGUAAAAUCCCCUGCAACUGGAAAAAGCAGUUUGGAGGUGAGUGUAAGUAUGAUUUUGAAGCGUGGGGAGAGUGUGACUCGACCAUGGGAAUGAAGACGCGCACCGGUGUGCUAAAGCGAGCGCUGAUGGACGCUGACUGCCAGAACACCGUCAGCAUCACCAAACCUUGCGGCAAACCCAAGACAAAGCUACAAGAUUCACAGAAACCAAAACGUGAAGGAAAGAAGAAGGAGCGAAAGCCGACAGACUAGAGGAAAGCUCCAUCUGCCUCCUGAAGCUGCUCCUCUGAGAUGAUGCUGCUCCUUAUUUACUCUACAGUCCUUUUAGAUCGUUCCUAGCUUUCAUUUACAGCUCACAGAAUAAUGCACAAAAGAUCAAAGAAACAGACGAAUGACUAAAAUCUUCUGCUGAAACUUCUAAUGUUGUACCAGCAAUUUCAGAUCCACUGAAGGAAAUUAAACGUCCCUCCACUAAAAGAAAAGAAAAAUUCAGAAUGAUGUCACUGAAA